GAAGCGGUUUCUACACGAAAAGGAUCCAUUCCUGGCUUUUGUUUCGGUUUUUUAGAUACAAAAAACUUGUUCAUCAACCAAAGGCAAUCUUCUUGAUCGUUUAUGAUGGGGAGAAACAAUGAAGAGACUAGAAUAACUCAAACUACACAAAAGGGAGGAGUUGAACGAGAUAUGUUGAAAUCCCUUUUCAAGACGACAGAAACUGGGAGACCAAAUAGCAUGAUCAUUAAGAGAGAACAUAGAGUCAUCAUACCUCCACAUAUCAUAGCAGAAGCCAUAUCAACUCUACAUGGGGUGGACCUAAGAUGGUCAGGACCGAUCACGCCUGCAGAAAUGCAAUAUGUGGAAGAAUACGUUGUUGCAAAGUAUCCAGAAUAUUCAAAUGCACUUGUCCAAGGAAAAGAUAAAACUGACCUUAAUGAGCUUUGUGUCAAAGAAGAGCCUGCAGAACUUUCACCAGAUGACAAGAAGAAAUCACCAAGAGGGGUAUUUCGUGAAACGUUUGCAAGUAAUUUCCAUGAUCUGGUAAGAAUUCAGCUCGAGCCAUCAAGAUUACUGGAUAUCCUUACUAAAAAGUCAUCAUAUCUUGGAAGCUUCAUCUCAAUACCUGAAAUUCAAGCAAGAAACAAAGUUUUGAAGCAGUGUGGGUUGCCUGAUGAAGAGUAUCUUGUUUUAUUCACCUCAAGCUAUCGUGAUGCCAUGAUGUUGGUGGGUGAAAGUUACCCAUUUUUCAGGGGUAAUUACUACAUGACAAUCAUAAACGAAGAACAUGACUACAUAAAAGCGUUUGCAGGUUACAAGGACGCAAAAGUGAUAUCAGCACCCGAGACAUGGUUAGAUCUGAGGAUCAAAGGUUCACAACUCAGUCAAUAUUUUAGAAGGAAAAGUAAGCAAAGCCCAAAAGGCUUGUUCUCUUAUCCUGCGAAUGUAAAUGGGACCCACUACUCAAUGCAUUGGGUGUCCGAAGCCCAUAGAAACCAAUGGCAUGUUUUGCUUGAUGCAACUGCAAUGGUUAUGGGCGAAGAUCGCCUCCACUUAGCACUCCACAGGCCCGACUUUGUGUUAUGCAGUCCUGAAAACAUGAGCACUCGUUCUUCAAAUAUUACGUGCUUACUUGUUAGGAGGAAAUCGUUUGAAACUACAGCAGUGCCACAAGUGCCUUAAAUCGGAGUUUUUUUUAGAGCAAUACAGAUGUUUACAGUUUUUAGACAGUUUUGUGCCUUAAACUUAGAUGUAUUUUAACCUGUUUGAGCUGUUUUAACUUGAGGUACUCCACUAUU